GCAUCUCCAGUCAGUGUAGAGGAGCUGGGAGUCUGGAGGAGCACGAGCAGGCAGCGCAGACUUCAGCGGCUCGCGCGUUCGUCCGACACUCAAGAGCUGCUCCCCAGGCAGUGGAGGUGAUGAUGGCGGCGGCUGUAGAGAGAGGAGGCGUCCGGGCCGCUUUCCUGAACCCGAGCAGCGGCGGCGGCGGUGGACCAGCACCGACAACCCUCCCGACCGGAGCGUUAGCCGCCGGGGCUGUGGUCCUAGGCUCGGGCUCCGGCAGCAUGCCUGUACCCAUGAACCUCUUUGCAACCUGGGAGAUAGACCGAUCAUCCCCAAGCUGCGUACCGAGGCUCUGCAGCCUCACGCUGAAAAAGCUGGUCGUCCUCAAAGAACUGGAUAAAGAGCUGAACUCCCUGUCUAUAGCUGUCAAAAUCCAGGGUUCGAAGCGUCUUCUGAGAUCAAAUGAGUACGUCCUCCCACCCAGUGGACUGAUGGAGACAGACUUGGAGCUCACAUUCUCACUACAGUACCCCCAUUUUCUGAAGAGGGAUUCCAACCGACUCCAGAUCAUGCUGCAGAGGAGGAAACGCUACAAAAACCGAACUAUCCUGGGCUACAAAACGUUGGCUGUGGGAGUCAUCAAUAUGUCUGAGGUGAUGCAACACCCGACAGACGGGGGACAGAUUCUGGGUCUCCAUAGCAACGUGAAGGAUGCGCCAGUGCGUGUGGCGGAGAUCAGCGUGCACUCUCUCUCCAGCCAGCCCAUCGACCACGAGGACGGGAGCGGUCAGGCCGGCCACAAGACCAAAACCUCAGACCGCUCCCCAGACAUGGAUAACUAUUCUGAGGAGGACGAUGACAGCUACUCGUCGGAGCAGGAAGCCAGCGAUGACGCAAAUCAUGGCCAGGACCUUUAUGAUGAAGACGACGAGGUGAGGAAGCCCAAGAAAGCCCGCAGGAAAAUGAUCCGAACGACCUCCAUGACCAGGCAACCUAACUUCAAGCAGAAGUUUGUGGCCUUGCUGAAGAGGUUCAAGGUAACAGAUGAGGUCCUGGACUCUGACCCAGUUGACCAGACCCAGGAAGUGGAGGAGGAUCUGGACCUACUCUACGACAGCCUGGAGGUGUACAACCAGAGUGACAGUGGGCCAGAGAUGGAGGACAACGAGAGCGUCCUGAGCACGCCCAAGCCCAAACUCAAGCCGUUUUUUGAAGGGAUGUCUCACUCCAGCUCCCAGACAGAAAUUGGAAGCAUACACAGCCAAAAAAGCCAGCAGAGAGAGCUGUCGUGUCCUAGUGGAGACUUUCUGACCGUGGACAGAUGUAAAUUGCAAGGGGCCCGGUACCAAGACGACAGCGUCACAGAUACAGUCGUUGGGGAGCCAGAGACUGACGACAGGGGGCCACCAGCGGGGGAGGUGAGCAGCUGGGAUGUCAACACUGAACGGGUGACCAGCACUGUUGGCAAGCUUUGCAAGACGGAGUCCCAAAACCACAUGUCUCCCAGCAAAGUGGAGAACAGGCUACAGAGGCGUCCCCGCAGCACCUCCAUGAAAGACAGACAGAACUCCAAGGCCCAGAGCGACAGGACCAGCAGCAUGGAGAGCGAGUGCUCCCCUGACUCGCGACUCAUAGCGCAGGUUCCCAGGAAGUCUGUGUAUGACCAGCUGAACCAGAUCCUCAUCUCUGACGAACGCCUGCCAGAGAGCAUCAUCCUCAUCAACACCGUGGAGUGGCAAGGACAGUAUGUGUCCGAGUUGCUCCAUGAACAGGGCCAGCCCAUUGUGUCCACCUGCUCUGCCGCUGAUGUUCAGGCUGCCUUCAACACCAUCGUCACUCGCAUCCAGAGAUUCUGUAACUGCAAUGCACAGACACCGCCGACGAUGAAGGUCGCGGUGGCAGGUGACCAGAGUUACCUCAGCACCAUCCUGAGGUUCUUCGUGGAGCAGCUGGCCAACAAGACGCCUGACUGGCUCAGUUACAUACGCUUCCUGGUGAUCCCCAUCGGUUCUCACCCCCUGGCAAAGUAUGUGGCCUCCUUCGACAGCCGGUUCAACAGCAUCUUUAUGGACACUGCGUGGAGGGAGCUGUUCUGCAGGACGGAACGGCCCGCCUCAGACAACAUAGAUGUAGCGGGACGAGUCGUUCAGUAUCUGGUCGGUGCCAACGUGUCCCACCAGUUCCCCAUCUCAGAGGCGAUGCUCACCUACAAACAGAAGAGGAAAAGAAGUUUGUAUUUUGAUUUUUACAUCAGCCCUGAUGAGGACUCCUGUCAGAAAUUUGUGCCAUUUAUUGGGGUUGUGAAAGUUGGGAUUGUGGAGCAAAGCCUCUCAACUUCAGUGGACUCAGAUGAUGCGAUGGGGGUCAACACAAGCAUCCUCUCCUCCCCAACGCCACCAUCGGCUGGUCCGUAUGGGAAGGAAAUAGGGGGCACCCCCCCGCAGUCACCGUCUGUGUCCACCGCCCUCUCUGGAACUGGCUCUCCGUGUUCAGGCAGUGAAGUGAUGGGGCUUCAGGUGGACUACUGGACGUGGCAAGGCCCAGAGAAGAAGAAAGAGGGCGAGAAGAGAGACGUGGGACUGAAGAACACCCUGAAGAGCAACUUCCGUUCACUGCAGGUCAGCCGCCUGCCGUGUGGAGGGGAACUCACCCCCCCACCCAGCAUGGCCAUGACCGUGGUCACCAAGGAGAAGAACAAGAAAGUGAUUUUUCUCAGCAAGAAGCCCAAGGAGAAAGAGCUGGACUCUAAGAGCCAAGUGAUUGACGGCAUCAGCAGGUUGAUCUGCACAGCGAAGCAUCAGCACACAAUGCUGAGAGUCACGAUCGAUGGAGUGGAGUGGAACGAUGUGAAGUUUUUCCAGCUCGCUGCCCAGUGGCCAACACAUGUCAAGCACUUCCCGGUGGGGAUCUUCGGUUACACUAAGCCCGUGUGACUGCGGCCACCAUCCAUCCGACCAUCACCAGACUGUCCGCUGCACUUGUCUUGUUUAGGCUACAGAGAAGUAGAAGAAGAGCCCUCCCCCCGGCAGUAAUAGUUUUCCUGUGGAAAUCUUGCUGACUCGCAACCACGUGUUCAAUACACAAAUUUCAUGUUGUCAAAUGGAUGUUUUUGAUGUCGACGUUGUUGGGUGUUGUUGUUGUUGUUGUUUUUUUUUACACACUACAAAAAGAACAAGUACUAUUUUGUAAGAUUUGUGCUACCGCCUCGGAGGUCUCUUGGGGGUAUUUUGACAAUUUGCCACAUUUCGAUAACGGCAGCUGUGUUUGCACUUUGUUUUUGUUAACAUUUUAUUAUUUCUGUGAAAUCCUACAUUUAUUGUUACUCUAUAGACAAUGGAGGAGUGUGAUGGUGACGUGCAGUGGCGUGUGUGAGGUUGUUUGAGACCGUGUUUGUGUUUAUUGUUGAAAGUUGGAAUAUUGCUGUGAAUCUAGAUGGAAUCCUUCUCUUCUAACUCAGUGCUCAGUUUUCUUACUCGUCCCUUUACUUUCCCAAAAAGGUAAACUUUUAUAGAAAGAUACGGCAAGUUCUGUUUGUCUCGUUGCUUUUUAGGACGCCGUGUACCUAAAGUGAAUGCUAAGAAAAUAACCUAACGUAAGGUAUUUUUGAAGGUGGCUAUGAUGAAUGUAGCUAUGGAGCAUUUGUAACAUGUAAGAAGUUCAAAUCAAAUCAGCUUGUUAUUGUGAGUGUUUGUAUCGGUGUACAUUCAGACUGUACAGUAACAUCUACUUAGAAGCCAGGUAACGUGACACCACAAAACAUAUUUCCACUAUCAACAGCUGAAUGCCAAAUUUAGUUGCGACUGUAUGAACUGUCUUAUUGUUUCAAGGCCCUCCCCCCACACACACACACCCCGUCGUGUUCAGCUCGAUGUACUGGUUUACCUGGGCGAUACUGGAUACUGGAUUUCUCCAGAUGUGCAGUGACGUGCCAAAGUCAAGUUUUACAGUGUAACCACCAGAGCUCUUGGCUGGGCCAAACUUCAUAGUAUGUUGACCAGAGAACUAAAACCGUACAUUUAAUGCGUCUGUGGUCCCUGUGGAGAUCAGUAUUUAGAUUACUGAGAUAUUAAUCUUGGCAAAUUUACCAGUUAGUGCUCCACAUUUAGCCAGAUGUAAUCCCAUUAAGCAUUUACAGGACGUGCACACAUCCUAACCAAGCAAUUACCGUUUUGUUACAGCUUCACCGUAGCGGGACAUUAGAGUUGUGACCUGACCUAAAACACACUGAUGGGUCGGUCAGUCAGUGUUGUGUAGGCCUGCUAUGGGAAAAUUAGUUGGUCUUGAAACAUGCUUCGGCAGUAGUGUCGAGCGCAAUACAAGUAUUGAAAAACUUUUAAAAAAUAUGGUGUAUGGAGUCUUGCCAGGUGUCCGAGUCACUGCCUGUGUGUGUGUGUGUGUGUGUGUGUGUGUGUAGGUGUGCUAUGUGUUUGAUGGUACUCCCUGAAUAGUGUUACGUGAAACUUUUGCAAUAGGAAACCUUUGGACAAAAGGCCUUCUGUAUGAGGUAGUUGUUGCUUCUUUUUUUUUUUUUUUAUAAAAGUGAACACUUACAAGCUUUGAUUGGCUGGCUUUUUUUUAGUAAUGUAUAUAAAUAUAUACAUAUAAUUUUGUGAAUUGCAACCCCUCCCCCAAUCCCUCCCCUCCCACUAAAUUUAAAGCACAAAUAGCUUCCCUUUAUUCCUUGACAUAAAUGCCAAAUAUAUAUAUUUCCAGAACUCAUAACUAUGAAGUCGACUUGUACAAAGCAAACACUUAUUAGGUUUGUCAUCUCUUACAUUUCCCUGACUUUGUAAUGCACUUUCAUGUGGUUUUAUACAUAUUUUCACUCAAAUUGGGACACUUUCUUUUUCUGUUGAGGUGAGCGUGUUGUAUUUGAAAUGUAAACCACUACCUGUAGUCAAAAGGAGGCCGUUCUUUUGUUUGCUCAAUGAUCCUUUUUCAUAGGGAUGUUUAUGUUGAUGGUGUUCGAGCGUCCUGAGGUUUGCUGUCUGUUACUUUGUUUUUGCCACUUGAUGUUGAAAAGCUUGUUCUGCAGCUACCACCAUACGUGUCUGCCUGUGACUUUACGGUCAUGUUUUCUUGUCUCCUGCUUUUCGAAGUGUUCGCCAUCUUCUUUCAGUCGGGGAAACCAACUGGCCCUUACAGAUGUGUAAACUCGGGCUGUGAAGCGUUCGCCAGGGCAGAGUUGUUUGAGGGAAUUUGUCAUGAGAAUUAGCCUUUUGAAUUCUAAAUGGGCAUAAUGACAAGUGUAUUUCAAUGUGUUUGACCUCGAGUUUUUUUUUGUUUUUUGCCCUAAAUCUAGACGUAGCAUGGGGGUGUUUCACAAGACCGGAUCAAUGAGCGGGCAUGCUCACUCUGUCGCCAUCAUUUAGCACAGCAACCAAUGAACUCUGGAACAUCAGCGAUUCAUUAAUGGUGACGCUACAAUUCCAACAUGCCAUCUCGUUGCUCCUGUUCCUUGAAAUGCCACCCAGUGUCUUUGCACAAACCCUAUUUUAAACGACAUGACAGUAUUUUUAAAUUUACCACUACAAAAUAUGGAUUACUCUGCAUGUUUUACUAUAGAUGUAAAUAUGUUUUGGAUUUUUAUAUUGUUUUGUUUCUUUCCAUGCUCUCACAAGCGGUUGUGUUUAAUAAAAUUUUUAAUCUUCUGUA